CUGUGGUCAUAGCUAAUGGCUGAAUGACAUGUACUAAAUUGAAUGAAAAAUAAUAGUGAAAAACGAGUAGAAAAUCUGAAUUUCUAGUGUUCAUAAUUAUAUAAAUAAUUUAUAGUAUAAGAAAUCUUUCAUGCUAAAAAUUUAAAAUGGAUUGGUUUAGAACUGCGAUAUUUAAAACGCUUUGGCGACCUACUAUAAAUAUUGUUAGAACUAGAUAUCACGCGGAUAAAUCUCGCCUUGUACGAAGGUAUGGCUAUGAAGAGAAAAUCUGGAGUGGAGGUUUGAAGCCGCGUUCUGAAGGACGACGAUUACCAAUGCCAGAAUACAGGCCUGCAAAUCCAUGGACUGAGCGCAAAGCAUUGUUUGGUCAAAAUGACUAUAUUGAUAUUCUCGGGCCUGGCGAUUUACAUCCAGUUAAAACUUUAUACAGUGUGCCAUCUUGGAUAAGGGGUGUCAGUGGGAGUGAAUAUCAUAUAUUACUUCGCAAAAGAAAAAUGUGGGCAAAAACUGCAUCCCCACUUAUAAGACCAACUAAGUGGAAAGAGUACGAAAAACGUUUAGCCUUUUUGUACAGGAAGCUAAAUAGAAAAACAAAGACUGGCCCUUCAUCAACUUAAAAUGAUUUUAGUUACUGUAGCUUAGUUAAGUAUGUAUUAAAUUAAAUUAAAUAAGUUUUAUA